AUGACAUCAAAAUUUCAACCACGUAAUAAAAUUGCACUUCUUGUUGCAUUAAUAAUUCUUUAUUUGUUGCCUUCAGAAUCAUAUUUAAUUCCACGAGCAGAAGGUGAAGUAAAAGAUGGAUGCACAAGAUUAGCCAAACAAAUUUUUUCUUCACCCAGUUAUGAUAAUGUUAAAGCGUGUUUUGAAGGAAUCAAGUUCGAUGCUAAACGAGCAAACCAAAUGAUCGAUGUUGCAGAAGCAAUUUUGCUAAACUUCUAUAGUCUUGCUGACCAAGCCAAUGAAAACCCCCAAAAUGGUUUUAGUUUUAAACCUACAGAUUUGAAGAAAGAACUGCACUCGUUACGUAAUAAAAAAUUUAAAUCUGAUUUUGAAUUCAUGAUGACUUUAAGAAGCCUAAUUGCACAAUUAAAAGACGCUCAUACGCAUUUGGAAAUUGACUGUUAUAACAAAGUUCUAUUUUCUCAACCUUUAACUAUGUAUUCAGUUGUCACACCUAAUAAUCAGCAGAAAAUCAAGAUCAUGGACGACUCUUUAGACUCAUCAAAUAACAAUUGUGAAGUGACAGAAAUAAAUGGUCAGAAUGCACUAGAAACGAUUAAAAAAUUUGCUAAAGAGCAAGUAUCAGAUUCAAGAGAUCUGGGUGUACGAUUUAAUCAAGCAUUGGCUUCCCUUACUAUACGGUUUGGUGAAUGGUCUGUUGCUGAGGGGACUAACCAAUUUGCACAUAGGUUUGAUUUACCUGACACCCCUAAUAUCAGUUAUACAUUACUUUGUUCUGGAGAAAAACGCCAUUUAGUCAGAAAAUGGGAUAUAAUCUUCCAGGGUGGCAGUACUGAUUUUAAUGAUACCAAAAGUUAUUAUGAACAAAAUUGUUUACCUAAUUCAUUUCAGUCCGCAAAAAAUAAUAAAUCAUUAAGAUUAAUCCCAAUAUCGACUUUUAAUCAGACUACUACAUCUCUGAGUAAUAAAAAUGUCGCUACAUCUCAAAGUGAUGAUCAGGCUACUACAUCUCAACCUAAACCAGUUCUAUAUGCAAAAAAUGCACAUUUUUACUUGGUCGGUAAUAUCGGCGUUGCCCAAAUUACUAGUGUAAAUUUUGGAUUUGAUACAUUGCGUGAUAUACGGAAAGGUUUUCAAUUAUUAUUCAAAAAAAAGGCUAAAAAGCUUGUUAUAGAUUUAUCAAAUAAUUCAGGUGGUAUUAUUAAUACAGCCCAAGUCAUAUGUUUUCUUCUGAUUCCACCAAAUAAUAUUAGCUUUUUUCCAAAUGAUAUGAAGAUUACAAACAUUACCAAACCUUUGAUAGGACAUGACAACUAUUUCGAUCCAAACACGAUGUCUUCAUUUCCUUCAGGAAAAAAUUUUUCUAGUAUAGAAGAUUUUAUAGGCAAUAAUUAUAUCAAAAGAGGCGGUAAAACUUCAAGAUAUUCUAACAAAUUCGACUAUAAACUUGAAAAAAAUGAAUUAAACCUAAUUAAAAAUAAUAAGGAAUAUCCGUGGACAAAAAAUAAUACUAUAAUUUUAACUAAUGGAUAUUGUGGGUCAGCCUGUGCGCUAAUAUCUCAAUAUUUAGCUGAGAUAGGCCAAUUUCCUACUGUCACGGUUGGUGGUUUUUAUAAUAAAUCUUUAUCAUUUGCUUCUUUUACCGGUGGAGAAGUUUUUGGUUAUGGUGGUAAUAGUGAUAAAUUUAAGGAUAUCCCUAGCUUUCCAGCAUCGGGUGAACUUCAAUUUACUGCAAGCGAGUCUUAUAGCAUUCUCAAAAAAAAUGAAGUUUUAGACUAUUCAUAUAGACCUUCUGAAUAUAGACUUUAUUACGAUGAUAAAAGUGCGAGAGAUCCUAGCUUAUUGUGGAGUAAGGCCGCUGAUUUUUUAAAAAUUGAAAGCUAG